GCAGUCCAGCAGCAAGAACCAUUAAAUCCGUUGGAGAGCACGGCAUUACCCAGGAGCUAGCCCCCCACCCAGAUAGACAGACCAUGGAGAACGGCUAUGGGGAAUACGCGAAGGACGGCUCCGUCGACCUCCGCGGCAACCCUGUCCUCCGGUCCAAGCGCGGCGGCUGGAAGGCCUGCACCUUCAUCGUCGUAUACGAGCUGUUCGAGAGGAUGGCCUACUACGGGAUCUCGUCGAACCUGGUGAUGUAUCUGACCAACAGGCUCCACGAGGGGACGGUCCAGGCAUCCAACAACGUCACCAACUGGUCCGGCACCGUCUUCCUCACGCCACUCGUCGGGGCCGUCGUCGCCGAUGCCUACCUCGGCCGCUACUGGACCUUUGUCGCCGGUUCAGUCAUCUACCUCAUGGGCAUGAUACUGCUGACGCUGUCGGUGACCGUGCCGGCGCUGAAACCUCCUUCCUGCUCUGGCGGCAGCACCGCCAGCAGCAGCUGCCCGCGUGCCUCCGCGCUGCAGCUGGGCGUGUACUUCGGCGGGCUGUACACGAUCGCUCUGGGCCACGGCGGCACGAAGCCCAACAUCUCGACCAUCGGGGCGGACCAGUUCGACGAGUUCCACCCGUCGGAGAAGCUGCAGAAGCUCUCCUUCUUCAACUGGUGGAUGUUCACCAUCUUCACGGGCAUCCUCGUCUCCAGCACCGUCCUCGUCUACCUCCAGGACAACAUCAGCUGGGGAGUCGGCUACGGCGUGCCCACGCUCGGCCUGCUCGUCUCCGUCGCCAUCUUCCUCGCCGGCACCCCGCUGUACCGCCACAAGGUGCCACAGGGCAGCCCGCUCACCACCAUCGCCAGGGUGCUCGCCGCCGCCGUCUGGAAGCGCCGCGUCUCGCUGCCAAAUGACGUCAAGGACCAGGAGCUGCACGAGCUCGAGCCCGAGCACUACGCGAGCAAGAGGACGUUCCGGAUUGAAGCCACCGACACGAUGAAGUUCCUGAACAAGGCUGCCGUACCGACAGGGACGCCGGCGCCGCGGUGGACGCUGUGCACGGUGACGCAGGUGGAGGAGACGAAGCAGAUCAUCAAGCUGCUGCCGCUGCUGGUGGCCAUGGUGCUGCCGUGCACGCUCAUCGCGCAGACCAACACGCUCUUCGUCAAGCAGGGCGCGACGCUGGACCGGCGCGUGGGGAAGUUCAGCGUGCCCCCGGCGAGCCUUGGCGUGUUCGUCACGCUCACCCUGCUCGUGUGCCUCGCGCUCUACGACCGGGUCUUCGUGCCCGUGGCCAGGAGGCGCACCGGGAACCCGCGCGGGAUCACGCUGCUGCAGCGGAUCGGCACCGGGAUGCUGCUCCAGGUCGCCACCAUGGCGGUCACGGCGGCCGUCGAGAGCGGCAGGCUGAGCUUCGCGAGGACCCACCCCGCCGUUCACGGCGUGCUUCCCCUGACGAUCUUCAUACUGCUGCCGCAGUUCGUGCUCAUGGGCGCGUCCGACGCGUUCCUGGCGGUGGGGCAGAUGGAGAUCUUCUACGACCAGGCGCCGGAGAGCAUGAAGAGCCUCGGCACGGCGCUGUCGCUGACGGCGUACGGCGCCGGGAACGCGCUCAGCAGCGUCAUCCUCUCGCUCGUCCAGCGCGUCACGGCGGCAAGGGGAACCCCGUGGGUGACCAACGACCUCAACGCCUCCCGCCUCGACUGCUACUACGCGCUCCUCGCCGUGCUCGCCGCGCUCAACCUGUCGGUGUUCGUCGCGCUCAGCGGGAGGUACACGUACCGAACGGAGUCGACGGAGACCAUCGACGUCGCCAUGGACGUGCAGGGACCUGCCGCCGCAAGGUUUCGUUCCGAUUCAGCACCAACGGCGUGAAAGGAUUCAACACAUUUAGCAUGUGCUGGCCCCUACAUCGACUGAUGUACAGCCAACAUAUUUGAUAUUUCACAUGUAAUAAGAUUAUCGAGUGUUUGUUAAUGUCGACGUACUCAAGCAACUUAUUGAAAACAAAAAUAAUAUUUCCGUAGCAAACACAUGCCCACAUCUUGGGUCGGGCUUCACCAA